AUGAGGAUCUUCAAAUAUUUGUGGCGAAUUUCCUAUAUCCUGACACAACUUGUCAUUGUUUACCUCUUCAAGGCGCCGCCUCCCAAACGUUCCGAUAGCAUAUCCAAACCUCACGGAAGAAUAGCCGUCAUUGGAGCUGGAGUAACUGGCAUUAGUUCAGCUGCGCAUGCAAUUUCACAUGGGUUCGAAGUGGUGAUUUUCGAAGCGGGAUCGAAAGACAGCGUUGGGGGGAUUUGGUCACACGUAAACACGACCUCCGGCCUCCAGUUGAAUUCAUUACUUUAUCGCUUUCACCCCGCGAUUAUCUGGAGCAAGGCGUUUCCUCUCAGAGACGAAAUCCUUGGGGAGAUUCGAAGAAUUUGGAAAGAGUACCACCUCGACACAAGAACGCGUUUUGACACCAAAGUCACAUGCGUGAGCAGAGCGCCAGAACCCAAGGAUAAACGCGAAUGGGAAAGCGAUCCUGACAGGACCAGGUGGCUAAUCAAUGACGGGAAGGAGGGUGUUUUUGACGCUGUCAUUGUAACCAUUGGUACAUGCGGGGAACCAAAUUGGAUUACUCUCCCUGGCAUGCCUGACAAAAUUGCGAAUGAAACGAACAAAUCCAAAGAGAAGGAAGACACGAACGAUCCUUGGCAUCCAUCACAAGACUCGCCCUCUCCGGAUUUGCAUAAUGACAAUGAAUUCCCUCCUUUACCUGAACCUGGCGAGGACGUCCAGAAGGAGCACGGGGACAAGUUCAUGAAAACUAUAAUCCAUUCCUCCGAGCUUGACUCUCCCACCUUUAAACUCAAAGGAGGUGAGCGCGUUGUGGUCAUUGGAAGCGGGGCCAGCGGGGUAGAGGCCGUUGAGACCGUGAUCGAUAAAUUUGGUAGUGUUGUCGAUCAUCAAGGCCAGUCCUCCAAGGGUGAAAAAGACCAAAGCCAGACCAAAGGCGUUGAGGUAACGAUGAUUGCCCGCGACGACAAAUGGAUUAUCCCUCGUAAUAUCAUUAUCGACACCUGCAUUGCGGGACAGCCGUUUGGACGAGAAAUGCCCCUAAGCUUCCUGUGGGAGACUUUCUUAAGAUACUUUCAGUAUCAUGGAAUAGAGGAAUUAAUUCCGAAGACGACCGGGAUAUAUGAGGGCACACCAGUUGUAAAUGACGUGUUCCUCUCACACGUACGCACAGGACGCUGCCACUACGUCAGGGGAUCACCCAUCCGUCUAACCAGUAAGGGUGUUGUAACAGAAGCCCGUAAAAAGAGCAGGCGAUUGGAGAACAAAGCCAACAUGAAGCCAAGUUCUUUUGUCGAAGAAAUUCAGCAGGGCGAAGAGAAACUCGUCGAAGCCGAUGUUAUCAUACUCGCGACCGGAUACAAAAAACCGUCAAUUGACUUCUUACCUCAAGAUUUAUUCCCGGAUGGUUACCAGCGCCCCGACUUAUACCUUCAAAACUUUUCAACGGAAGACUGGUCUAUUCUAAUGACAAAUUCUGCAUACAUGAACGCCAUUGGAACUGUGUAA